UUGACGAUUAAUCAAAAAUAAAUCUAAACUUUUGUAUUUGACAGCAACACGUCACAGUAGGCAUUCUGCGCUCCACUUUAUUUUUUUUAAUUCCUUUCCCAGAUAGUCCAAACUGUCAAAUGCCCAAGCAGAACUGGAGCCAACUGCUGUGCCAGGAAACCAAAACGUCUUUAAAGACCAAGAUGGAGUCUUCAGAUGCUUGUGGCAACAGUCACUGGUCGUUUUAAAGAGCAACCGUAUUAGGAACAAUUAAUAGAGAUUUCAGCGAUAAGUUCAGACUGUGGUUCCUCAUGAGCCCUCAUGAACUAAACUUAGAGCCUGGUGCUGACAGCUGAAUCAGGACCUGUUCCAUUCACCUCCAGAAGUAGCAGAGAGAUGAUAAAACCAAGGGCGAGUAAACGAAGAGAGAGAGACAGAGAGAGAAAGGGCUGGUGCAGUAUCCACAACCGUUCAGUCUCAGAGCAGAGAGCACCAUGUGGGUCAGCGCCUAGGGAAAAAAACCCAAACUAAAUACUGCCUGGGAACCGAGGAACACAACUCUGAAAGAGGGAAAGAGAGCGAGUAGGGGGAGGAGAACAAGGAUAGAGGGAUGAGAGGACACUGUGAGCGCUCUUGAAGUUGAACUUAGCAAAACACAACAAAGAGAAAAGGAAAACAGAGACCCGAACCACCCCCACUCACUCGUGUCAGACAGAGUGCAGAAGCGUUCCCUGCAUGUUUUACUGAAUGGAGCGGAAUCCACACGCACAGUGAAGAGACGGUGAACUUCUGACCGAUUUCAAACAGACCAAAGCUUCAAUCUGCCGAGGAUUCAAAUCUCAGGAAGAGAAAAAAGAAAAUGCUGCGGGGGCUGUUCAGUCGGCGCAGGCUGAAGCACGAGCGGCUGGAGGAGGAAGCGGAGGUGCGGUUCAAAGGGAAGCUGGUGUCAGAGAGAGAGCUGGGCUACACGUUUGUGCGGCCAGGAGGCUCCAACUAUUCCAGUCCGUCGUUGGCUCCAGUCCCCAGUCUGAAUGAGGACGAGCGUGUGGGGGGCGGGGGUGGGGUGCUGGGUCUUGCACCUGAACACAUUCCCACCCCUGGCGCCCCCCUCAGUUGGCAGGCAGCCAUCGACGCGGCACGGCAGGCCAAGCUGAUGGGCACCACCGGAGCCCCGAUCUCCACUGCGUGCUCCACGCAGCGUAAACGCCAGCACUACACCAAACCCAAGAAACAGGCCACCACUGCCUCCACGCGCCCACCCCGAGCCCUUCUCUGCCUAACUCUUAAAAACCCCAUCCGCAGGGCGUGCAUCAGUAUUGUGGAAUGGAAACCGUUUGAAAUCAUAAUUUUGAUGACUAUUUUUGCAAACUGUGUGGCCUUAGCUGUCUACAUCCCUUUCCCCGAGGACGAUUCCAACGCAACCAACUCAAACCUGGAACGGGUGGAGUAUCUCUUUCUGAUCAUUUUUACGGUGGAAGCAUUUCUGAAAGUUAUUGCAUACGGGCUGCUGUGGCACCCUAAUGCGUACCUGCGGAACGGCUGGAACUUGUUGGAUUUCAUCAUCGUGGUGGUUGGGCUCUUCAGUGCAAUAUUAGAGCAGGCCACUAAAGGGGAUGGUGGGACUUCAAUGGGAGGCAAGGCUGCAGGGUUUGAUGUAAAAGCCCUGCGAGCCUUUAGAGUGUUAAGACCUCUGAGACUUGUAUCUGGAGUACCUAGUUUACAGGUGGUGCUGAACUCCAUCAUUAAAGCCAUGGUUCCCCUCCUGCACAUCGCUCUGCUCGUUCUGUUCGUCAUCAUUAUUUAUGCCAUCAUCGGCCUCGAGCUCUUCAUGGGCAAGAUGCACAGAACCUGUUUUUUCUUCAAAGAUGGACACAGAGGUACUAUAUCUGAAGAGAAGCCGGCCCCCUGCGCCCCAGGCACUGCCCAUGGACGCCAUUGCACCCCGGCCAACGUAACACAGUGCAUGAUGGGAUGGGCGGGCCCAAAUGAUGGAAUCACGAACUUUGAUAACUUUGCAUUUGCCAUGCUGACUGUGUUUCAAUGCAUCACGAUGGAGGGCUGGACUGACGUCCUGUACUGGAUGCAGGAUGCCAUGGGUUAUGAGCUUCCGUGGGUCUAUUUUGUCAGUCUGGUCAUCUUUGGAUCCUUUUUCGUUCUAAAUCUGGUUCUGGGUGUGUUGAGCGGAGAGUUCUCUAAAGAGCGAGAAAAGGCCAAAGCUCGCGGCGAUUUCCAGAAGCUCCGUGAGAAGCAGCAGCUAGAGGAGGAUCUGAAGGGCUACCUGGACUGGAUCACGCAGGCGGAGGAUAUCGACCCUGAGAACGACGACGAGGGACUGGACGACGACAAGCCUAGAAAUCGGAAGACUCAUCGUUUACAGUACAUCCGUGGAGCGGUGAAGAAAAAAGCAGCUCUGCUUCGUAAGGCGUUGAGUAUGCCGGCCAGUGAAAAUGAGUCAGUGAACACUGAUAAUGCUCCAGCUGGAGACAUGGAGGGAGAGACCUGCUGUACUCGCAUGGCAAAUAGGAUCUCCAAAUCCAAAUUCAGUCGAUAUUCACGCCGAUGGAAUCGGUUAUGUCGGCGCACGUGCCGUGCAGCAGUGAAGUCAAAUGUGUUCUACUGGCUGGUGAUUUUCCUGGUAUUUUUGAACACACUUACCAUUGCCUCUGAGCACCACCAGCAACCAGAAUGGCUCACCAAUGUGCAAGAAAUCGCCAAUAAGGUGAUGCUGGCUCUUUUUACUGGUGAGAUGCUGCUGAAGAUGUACAGCCUGGGCCUACAGGCCUAUUUCGUCUCCCUUUUUAACCGCUUCGACAGUUUUGUGGUGUGCGGUGGAAUUCUGGAGACUAUCCUGGUGGAAAUAAAGAUCAUGUCACCCCUCGGCAUCUCUGUGCUGCGCUGUGUGCGUCUGCUCCGCAUCUUCAAGAUCACCAGGUACUGGAACUCUCUCAGUAAUCUGGUGGCAUCUCUGCUGAACUCGGUGCGCUCUAUCGCGUCCCUGCUUCUGCUGCUCUUCCUGUUCAUCAUCAUCUUCAGUCUGCUCGGAAUGCAGCUCUUUGGUGGCAAGUUCAACUUUGACGAGACGCGCCGCAGCACCUUCGACAACUUCCCCCAGUCUCUCCUCACCGUCUUUCAGAUUUUGACCGGAGAGGACUGGAACUCUGUGAUGUACGAUGGGAUCAUGGCGUACGGUGGACCCUCCUUUCCUGGCAUGCUCGUCUGCAUUUAUUUCAUCAUCCUCUUCAUCUGCGGAAACUACAUCCUCCUGAAUGUCUUCUUGGCCAUUGCUGUGGACAACCUGGCAGACGCAGAGAGUCUGACAUCAGCGCAGAAAGAGGAAGAGGAGGAGAAAGAGAGGAAGAAGCUGGCUAGAACGGCCAGUCCAGAGAAGCGUCAGGACUCUGAGAAACCACCUCUGGAGGAUGAAAAGAAAGAGGAAAAGAUUGAACUAAAAUCCAUCACUUCUGAUGGAGAGACGCCAACUGCCACUAAGAUCAACAUCGAUGAGUACACAGGGGAGGAGAAUGAGGAGAAGAAUCCAUAUCCUGUGAACGAUUUCCCAGCAGGAGAGGAGGACGAUGAGGAGCCAGAGAUGCCAGUAGGUCCUCGUCCACGUCCGCUCUCCGACAUUCAGCUGAAGGAGAAAGCUGCCCCCAUGCCAGAAGCCAAAGCUUUCUUUAUUUUCAGCUCCUCUAACAAGUUCAGGGUUUUGUGUCAUAAGAUUGUAAACCAUAACAUCUUCACCAAUUUAAUCCUGUUCUUUAUACUGCUGAGCAGUAUUUCACUGGCAGCGGAGGACCCAGUGAAUAAUGACUCAUUCAGGAAUCAGAUUCUAGGCUAUGCAGAUUAUGUGUUUACAGGAAUCUUCACCAUAGAGAUCAUAUUAAAGAUGACAGCGUAUGGAGCGUUCCUACAUAAGGGUUCAUUUUGUCGGAAUUAUUUUAAUAUUUUGGAUCUGGUGGUGGUCAGUGUGUCUCUGAUCUCCUCUGGAAUUCAGUCAAGUGCCAUUAAUGUAGUGAAGAUUCUCAGAGUGCUGAGGGUGUUGAGGCCCCUGAGAGCAAUCAACAGAGCCAAGGGCCUCAAACAUGUGGUCCAGUGUGUGUUUGUAGCCAUCCGUACCAUCGGGAACAUCGUCAUCGUCACCACUUUGCUGCAGUUCAUGUUUGCCUGUAUUGGUGUUCAGCUUUUCAAGGGCAAAUUCUCCUACUGCACAGACACCUCUAAACAGACACAGGCCGAAUGCCGGGGGUCCUAUAUAUUAUACAAAGACGGGAAUGUUGGGAAGCCAGAGAAAGCACAGCGUUCAUGGGAGAACAGUGAAUUCAACUUUGAUGAUGUCCUGCAGGGCAUGAUGGCUCUGUUUGCCGUGUCCACUUUUGAGGGCUGGCCAGGGCUCCUCUACAGAGCCAUCGACUCCCAUACCGAGGAUGUUGGCCCAGUCUACAACUACCGUGUGAUCAUCUCUAUAUUCUUCAUCAUCUACAUCAUCAUCAUCGCCUUCUUCAUGAUGAACAUAUUCGUAGGUUUCGUCAUUGUGACAUUUCAGGAGCAGGGAGAGCAAGAGUACAAAAACUGUGAGCUGGACAAGAACCAGCGUCAGUGUGUGGAAUAUGCCCUGAAGGCCCGUCCCCUGCGCAGGUACAUCCCCAAGAACCCGUAUCAGUACAAGGUGUGGUACGUGGUCAACUCCACCUACUUUGAGUACCUGAUGUUCACCCUCAUCCUUCUCAACACCAUCUGCCUGGCCAUGCAGCAUCAUGGCCAAUCUCAGUCCUUCAGCAAAGCCAUGAAUAUCCUCAAUAUGUUGUUCACCGGCCUCUUCACUGUGGAAAUGAUCCUCAAACUCAUCGCCUUCAAACCCAGGGGUUACUUUAGUGACCCCUGGAAUGUUUUUGACUUCCUCAUCGUAAUUGGCAGCAUUAUAGACGUCAUUCUGAGUGAGAUCAACCAUUAUUUUGUUGAUGCAUGGAACACGUUUGAUGCCCUUAUUGUAGUGGGUAGUGUUGUUGAUAUAGCCAUCACAGAGGUUAACCCAGCUGACCCCUCCUCCUCUACCCCCUCCUCUGUGGUAAGACCAAUGGUACGGACCAACGGUAACCAAAACCCCAUCUCUCAUUCCACCCCCAUCACCUUGUCGACCCGUCCAUUGACACCUAUCAUUCACCAUGUGACUUCGGGCCUCCAAAACACUGAAGAUAACGCCAGGAUUUCAAUCACGUUCUUUCGGCUGUUCCGUGUGAUGAGGCUGGUGAAGCUUCUGUCUCGGGGAGAGGGCAUUCGGACGCUGCUCUGGACCUUCAUUAAAUCCUUUCAGGCUCUUCCCUAUGUUGCUUUGCUGAUCGUAAUGCUGUUCUUCAUCUACGCCGUCAUUGGGAUGCAGAUGUUUGGUAAGAUUGCCCUGAGGGACAACAGCCAGAUCAACCGAAACAACAACUUCCAGACGUUUCCUCAGGCUGUUCUGCUGCUCUUCAGGUGUGCAACGGGGGAGGCAUGGCAGGAAAUCAUGCUGGCCUGUGCCCCGGACCGCCCGUGUGAGAAGGGGUCAGAGGUCAACCACAACAGUGAACACUGUGGCAGCAACUUUGCCAUCAUCUACUUUGUUAGCUUUUAUAUGCUUUGCGCCUUCCUGAUCAUUAACCUCUUCGUGGCCGUCAUCAUGGACAACUUUGACUAUUUAACACGUGAUUGGUCGAUAUUGGGGCCACAUCACCUAGAUGAGUUUAAGCGGAUAUGGGCAGAAUACGAUCCUGAGGCCAAGGGUCGGAUAAAGCACCUGGAUGUGGUGACAUUACUGCGCAGGAUUCAGCCUCCCCUUGGAUUUGGAAAGCUUUGUCCACACAGAGUGGCAUGCAAGCGGCUUGUGUCCAUGAACAUGCCUCUCAAUAGUGACGGGACGGUGAUGUUCAACGCAACUCUCUUUGCUCUAGUAAGAACGGCUCUACGCAUCAAAACUGAAGGUGUGAUAGUGUCAUACACGCAAAUACAAUUCAUAAACAUGCAUUCAUCUAAUACACACCCCAACUUCUAUGCACAGAAAAGUCAAUGUUUGGAUGUGUUUGUGUCAGGUAACCUGGAGCAAGCAAAUGAGGAACUCAGAGCCAUCGUGAAGAAGAUCUGGAAGAGGACGAGCAUGAAGCUGUUGGAUCAAGUUGUUCCCCCUGCUGGAGAUGAUGAAGUAACCGUUGGGAAGUUCUAUGCCACAUUCCUGAUUCAGGAAUACUUCAGGAAAUUUAAGAAGCGCAAGGAACAGGGCCUGGUGGCCAAAAUUGCCCCAAAGACUGCUCUUUCACUGCAGGCUGGCCUGCGUACACUGCAUGAUAUGGGUCCUGAGAUCAGAAGAGCGAUAUCAGGAGAUCUGACUGUGGAGGAGGAGCUAGAGAGAGCAAUGAAGGAAACCGUGUGUGCUGCUUCUGAGGAUGAUAUCUUCAGGGUAAAGCGGUCUGGCGGCCUCUUCGGUAACCACGUCAACUACUACCACCAGAGUGAUGGCCACGCCUCCUUCCCACAGUCCUUCACAACACAGCGGCCGUUGCACAUCAGUAAAUCCGGGAGUCCCGGCGAGGCAGAAUCUCCAUCUCAUCAGAAGCUCGUCGACGCCACCUUCACUCCGAGCAGUUACUCUUCCUCAGGAUCCAACGCAAACAUCAACAACGCCAACAACACAGCCAUCGGACACCGGUACCCCAAACCUACCGUCAGCACAGUGGAUGGAAACACGGGGCCACCCCUCACCACUGUCCCACUACCACGGCCCACAUGGUGCUUUCCUAACAAGAGCUCUGAUUCCAGUGACAGUCGUCUCCCUAUAAUACGGCGAGAGGAAGCAUCUACAGAUGAGACGUACGAUGAAACAUUUCUAGACGAGAGAGAUCAGACCAUGCUCUCAAUGGACAUGCUGGAAUUUCAGGAUGAAGAGAGCAAGCAACUGGCUCCAAUGGUGGAGGCAGAUGUAGGGGAAGAGAGGAGGCCGUGGCAGUCUCCACGAAGACGGGCGUUUCUCUGCCCCACUGCACUGGGUCGACGGUCUUCCUUUCACUUCGAGUGUCUCAGAAAACAUAACAGACCUGAUGUUUCUCAGAAAACAGCACUACCAUUGCACCUAGUGCAUCAUCAGGCUUUGGCUGUGGCAGGGUUGAGUCCCCUGCUGAGACGGAGUCAUUCUCCGACGCUGUUCACGCGUCUGUGCUCCACACCUCCUGCGAGUCCCAGCGGCCGCAGCGGGGGCGGGCCGUGCUACCAGCCCGUUCCGUCCCUGCGGUUAGAGGGCAGCGGAUCUUAUGAGAAACUCAACAGCAGCAUGCCGUCUGUGAACUGCAGCUCGUGGUACAGUGACAGUAAUGGCAACCACAGCAGGAGUGUGCAGAGGACGCAGCGACCCGUGUCCCUCACAGUUCCUCCGGUCACACGCAGAGACUCCACAUCCCUGUCACACGGGAGCGCCUGCAGCCUCGUGGAGGCCGUGUUGAUAUCCGAGGGUUUGGGUCGCUAUGCACAGGAUCCCUCCUUCAUCCAGGUAGCGAAGCAGGAACUAGCGGACGCCUGCGACAUGACCAUGGAGGAGAUGGAGAACGCUGCUGACAACAUUCUCAACGCCAACACACCGCCCAACGCCAACGGAAACCUGCUACCCUUCAUACAGUGCAGAGACACUGGCUCGCAGGAGUCCCGUUGCAGCCAUGUGCUGGGCCUCUCGACCGCCACGGGCUCUGACGAGCUGCUGGGGGCGGAGCUAGAGUUCUCCGACGGGGCAGGCCAGCGGAACAGCUCUCUGAUGGAGGACGAGGACAUGGAGUGCGUGACCAGUUUGUAGGGGUAACAGCAGCAGCAACGGAGGACUUCCUGUGUCUUAGCCAAGCUCUCUCUGAGGACACUGCUGUCCUGCAGUCUGACCCGUCUGUUCCGUGUACCUACCGUAGGGGUAUAAGGCCAUUCUGCUUAGCCGAGACCAAGUGGGUUUUUAGUUCGUCCGUGUGUUUGCGAGAGCACGAGCGAGUAGGCGUGUGUACAUGUUUGUGUGUGCGUGUUUCUAAAGUGCCUCACAGUUCUCACAACCUUGAUUCCAGUAAGGAAACGGAACCCUGACUGAGCAGGGAAUGAAGGAAAAAGAUGCGCUGUGUGUGGCAGUAGGGCUCGACAGCCGCAGAAUCGGCGUGGGCACUCGGUGACGAGCAGGUGGAUCUUGAGGGCCGUGUCGGGAAUUUGCUGCCCGGGGGUCAUCACGUGUUCGAGAGAUGUUCAGAGGGGGACACAUUGGAGCAGCUCUCUUUCCUUUCCAUCCAUCUGUUCAUCAGGAGAAGUGUUGUCUGCAAACUCCCUCACGUCAUCCUUCUCCUUCACGGCUUUCUUUUGUGUUCAGUUGAUGAUUUUCGCUGCUUUUUUUGGAUUUGAUUUCUCUAGUUAAGCCUGCACAUAGCUUUUCCUUUUAUCAGUGGAAGACUGAACUCUCUGAAUUGCUCUCUUUCUUGUGUACCGUUACGGCUUUCAGGUAACUGCUCGCUGUGCAAGGUACGGGGUCAUUGCAUCAGUGGCCUUUUAUUCCAGAUCUGCUUCAGGUUUUAUUUCCUUGUUUAUUUUCCAGCAUUUAGUGUUUAUAAUGUUGAUUGCACACAGAUGGAUGCAUUUUUUUUCUUAAAUUAUUAUUAUUAUUAUUAUUGAAGCCGUUUAAGGUGUUUAUGCCAGAUGCAGUGUUGUGAAUCUAAUGCCUCUUACAGACACACAAAAAAAUAUAUUUAUUUAUUUAUUUCUGUCAGAGGUGAAGCGUGUUCCGCCGGGGGUUCAGUCUCUCUCACAAUGUUUAUUGGUAGCUCAAAAGCUGUAAAUGAGCGGUGUCACUCACCUGGACGCAGGUAGCACUGACAGGUCUCAUGGCUGCUGUUGGAUCGGACUCACGUUUGCUCUGAAACUACUGACGUUUCUUCACUGCUGAUCUCCAAAAACAUUCAGCCGACAGCUGCGAUCCUGUCACGAUCCCACCUGCUCGACACAGGAAACAGCAGAUCUUCGGAAGGUCAGUAAAGGUGCACUUUGAGGAGAGGAAGGGUGGAGAAUUCAGGGAUGUCUGGGUAGCGCAUCAUUAAAAAACAACUCUAAUAUAGUUCACACAGGGCUAAAUAUAUGACCAUCAUUAUGAAAGUACCAACAUCAGCAGUGUCAUCAUCAUACAAUGUUAUUGAUUGCUAUUAAUAUUACUAUUAUUGUUAAGGAUAUUUUUCUGCUGCGUUCAACACUGUUUCCAUGCAGUUCGGCAGACACACAGAGAACUAUUUAUUGAUCUAUUAUGCAAAUAAGGUGUUGAAGCGUUAGCAUUGUGUUGGUAAUGUGUCGACGGGAUGGAGUGCAUCCCCCAAACACAUGCGCUGAUGAGAAACCUGACCAAUCCACUUCCAGGCGUCUCUCUGUUUGUGCCACACUAGACCGGGUUAGAAGUUUUGCACACUACUUCAGACGAUAUGAAUUUCUUUUUCCAUGUAUGAAUAGAUAAUUGACUAUUUUUGUCUUGCUGACAAUUCACUUUCUCACGUUUGGUUCCAGGUCUGUAACAUCGCAUUCAAUCUCAGUCUCUAGUCCUGUGCCAUUUUUUUUUUUUUUUGAUUGAUUGAUUGAGUUCCUGAAUGUUUACAGGAGAUCUCUGCUCUGAGGACGAUGCAAAGCUUGUGAAAAAAACAUGAAAAUGUAGCCAGAACCCACCUGCUCUGUUCCAAAGCCGCCCCCACACCCUCAUAUCCCCUACACACACGUGCCAUAUGUCAUUGUGAGGCUGCCCCAGGCAUAUUUUGAGGCCUUGGUUGUGUACGUGUGUGAGUUUCUCCGUGUUUAGCAUAUGCAGAGUGCGAGCGCGUUUGUGUGGUGUUCGUGUUAGCAUAUGCAGGAUGAGUGAGUGAGUGCAUGCGUAUGUGCUUGCAUACCACAAGAUAUGCAAAAACAAUGCAAUAACUUUUGACUGUACAACAGUUUCCUUCAGAACUACAGCUGUACAAAAAUCUAAUAUACAGAGAGAAAUAUAUUCACUGUUGUGUAUUAAGUUACAGAACUUUAAAUUGAAGAAACCUGUCAUACUUGAAAUCGGGUGCAUCUGAGUAUUGAGUAUUUUGAAAUAAUCUUGUGCGGGUCAGUUUGGUUCGAUGUUUUUCUUCUGUUGGUUUCAAUUAUCUCUGCAUGAGGAUUCUUUUGGUGUGCCAAGCGUUUUGAGUAACUAUUUCUUUGUUGUUUUCAUUUUUAUAACAUUGAGGAAACACUGAUGACGAGGAGCGAAAGGUGUAAAUACAGAUGGAGGAGAGAAGCGUCUCGUUGGUGUGAAAAAUGAUUUUGCAUAUCUUGUGCUCAGCUGAAAGGUGCAUGAUACGCAAGAGCAGCUCUCUCUUUCACUCUCGCUUUUUCCCCCCUUUAUCUUUUCAUUCGCUCACCCUCCUUGUCCUUUCUUCAGCAGACAUCACAGUGGAGGCGUUUUAUUACGGCACCGGUGAACAGGCUCACUUUAAAUAGUUGGUCAUGCACAUAAAUUCUCGCUAUUAUUUGAGGCUGCAAGUGGAAACAUUAGAAAUCCCCUUUCAUUCCUCAAGUCUCAUGGACAAUCUGCAUUGGGCGAGGAGAUUUAGGUUGGAUGCUAAGCUUGAUUUUUUUUUUUAAAAGGAGUCUAAAGAAUUGACCUAGCGGAUGGAGUCCUCCUCUCCUUUCAUUAGCCAAUGAUUGUAUAUUUUUAUAGACUUAUAGAAAAGAAUUAACACAUAAGAAGAGACAAUAUAAACUCAUCUAUAUCUGCUGAAUGUCAGGGUUAAAACUGCUACACACAACCGUCUUUGAGAAUGUAUGUAGUGACUAUGUAUAGAUAGAAGUAAAAUGAUAGAGAAAUAUAGAGUAAAUCAUUCGUAUUCACCACAGUAGCUCCUUUUGAAAGCGGGAUGGUUGGGUGUUUUUGCUGAGGGAGAGGGAGAGUGCAAUGAGAUUAAUCAUGUGAUUUUGAAUCCGAGGGCUUUUUCACAGCUGCUUUAUUCAGAUCAACGCAUCACGUAUCCCUCCGAGCACCUGCACACGUUAGAACAGUGUGGAAAAGCCACCAGCUUUCAUGAGACAAAAGCAGCGCCUGUGUUCAAAUGAAUACACUAAUGAAUGAACACAGAGAGCUGUCUGCUCAGGCCUUGGGGACAUGUACCAAAUAUUUGACUGAAUAUUUUAUUAGUUGCUCAGUGAGGUUUUUGCCCAAAUGGUUGUAAUGUAGCUUUUCUUCUCUCAGAGAAUCAGAAGUUAUUUUCUAUAUUUUAAUAUAUGAGAACUAUUUAUCAGAUGAAAGUCUGGAAGAUAUUUGGCACUGGAAUGUCGAUGAUGACAUUUCAGCAGGGCAUGUGUAGGUUGCUCUCCUGAUGGACUUUGAUUGAUUGUGGCUUGUAUUUCGGUUUACUAUCUGUAGCAGUAGCGUGCACAAGUUUCCCCAAUAAAAUAAAUAUAUAUAUAUAUUGAAAAAAAUGGUUUGAUGCAUUUAAAUGCAUUUAAUGCUGAAUAUUUUUGGAAAUAUAAACCCCUUAGAAAAGAGUAAAUUAUCCAUAGCAAAUGAACAGCAUUGUUACAACCAUUCAAGUUCACAACACAUUAAACUGCAGUUUUUUUGUUUUUUUUUAAUCUUUAGUGUUUGUUUUAUUUGGAUAAACCCAGUAAUUCAUGAACACAAAAUGUUAGUGGAUUUUUUAAGGACAUCUGUAGUUCAAGCAUCAGCAUUCGGGCCGUCCGGUGUUUCUGGGUUCGUAUGCCAAUUCUGCAAGUGUCAGACUGAAGGAACGUGCCGUGGGGUUGACCUUUGACCCAGAGAAAGCCUGGACAGAUGCAAUGUCUGCCCUCUGGUUUAACCUUUGUGUAGCACGUAUCUCUAAUGUCCUCCUUUAUAUGACUGUUAAUUUGAUAUUAUAAGUUAAUGUAGUGUGUUAAUGAGUUUUAACGAUAAACUAAAAGCUAAGGUGGUGAUGCAAUAAUCACAAUUUGCACAUUUAAACCACGUUUAGUUUGACACAUCGUACACAUAAUCCAAGUAAAGGAUGAAUUUAUGCAUAGAUUUUAGCUGUCGUGUAAAUAUUGAUUUCGCCCUAAGCUCAAAAUGUCAAUCUUGCCAUAGUUUCAUUUCCACGGGUGGGAUAUAUUUAAUACAGAUUUGUUCAAGCCGUCUCCUGCAGUAGGUGAGAAAGGCUCUUCAGUGUUUUUAGUGCACUGAUAGCAUUCAAAACCCCAACAGUGGGGAAGGGAAAUGCAAAACCAUUUAUAUGAACCAAUUUGAGGUUUUCGAGUGGCAUUUCCCCGCCUCUAGUUCCACCCAGCGAAUGUAGCACUAGAGACAGAAGAAGAUGGGCGGAACGGUAACAAAUAUGAUGAGGAGCUCGAAGAGUUACUAUAUUGCACAAAUCUCCAUGUAUGAGUGAACGUUUUAACAACUUAUUCUUUACCACAUCCUGCUUUCUUUCUGCAGAGAUGGAAGUAAUGCUCUGUAUGAUGGCGUUGAGCUCUGGGCUUGAUUUGUUGGGUCUCUUUUUCUCUAAUGGGUGGCAGGAUGCUCACUCGUCUACAGACGCAGUCCGCGAUUCGUUCCGUUAUAGAGGCUGUAACCCGAAGCUGCAUUACACUAUUUUCCAGUUGGAGGCGAUUCGGUUUAUGUUUAACCACUUAAGACUCGCGAAGGCAGGAGUCAUUGAGCGGAUCGUCUCAAUUUAUUUUCGGUGACCAUAUGAACAGCUUCUAUAGUUUUGAUUGACGGUGCAGACGGGAAGUGUAGUCUCGAGGUCCUGAGCUGUUUGUUAGAUUAACAAGCUGAAGUAAAAUUAGAUGCGUGUCGUGCUUUAGGUAGAAUUCGAAGGCAUCAGUACUGACCAUUCAGGUCUCUCACGAAACACCGUCAGAGGUCAUUCACGUUUUGGACUUAUUUAAUGGAGUUUAGACCCCAGGUGUUCUUGAAAACUCUGUGAGACGUCUGCAUGGUCUGUCAUUCCCUCCUCUACUUUUGCUGAGACUCUUUUGUUUCGUUUCAUCAUUCUUUUAUUUGUUCAUUUAGAUUUUAAAAAGAAUACGCUACGUAAAAUCUGAAGAUUCAAUCACUUUUUCUACUCCUAUUUUCAAGAAAAAAAAGUGAAAUGAAAAAAAAAACAACAAAAAAUUGGAUUUGUAAAUAAGUGAUUGUACAGUUUGUAUCUGUAUCUGUCAGUCUGUCUUUGGUGACAGAGUGUGUCUUGCUUAUAACGCACGCUACCAGUAAAUAAAAACUCAAAAAUAUCUUUAGAUUGUAUGGUUCUUGACAGGAAGUUUUAAAUUAAUCUCUGCUGUAUAUUCCUGUAAUAUUGCAUUUUUAUCUGAGGAAUGAUGUUAUUAAACAAUUGCAAAUAAAGUGAUUUUCCU